AUGAAUGCCCUGGAUGGUGUCCCCUUCAAGGUUCCCAAGGGCUUUGUGAUAGGCAAAGAGCCCCUCCCUGGGCCAGAAUUCAGUGUCCCAGCCUGCAGGGAGCUUCUGCUGGGUUCUAUGCACGACUUCAGCCUGGAGCGGAGGACGCUCUUCUGGGUGGAGGCUGUCGUCCGGGGACCCUGCCCGUUGCAGUGCGAUGCCUUAGGGACAGCGUCAGCCCCUCCCGCCUGGCAUUUGCUGGUCAGCCCCGAACACGAGCUGGUGUCCGUGCCUGCCCCAGCCAAAGGCCCUGAGGCCGGACCCGAGGAGCCGCUCAAGGAGGAGGAGGACGACGACCAGGACGAGGAAGAAACCUCCUCUGCCAGCGAGGAGGAGCCGGGUCCCUGCAGCCCCCAGCCCUGCUCCCCGGCGGGCCCCAGCCCGGGUCAUCGGGGGUGCUCGCUGGACGUGCUGCGCGGGGUGAGGUCGGAGCUGGCGGGGGCGCGGCGGCGGCUCUCCGAGGGCCCCCUGGCCGUCCGCCCCCGCGCCCUCCUGCACCGCAUCCGCCACCGGGCGCUGAGCCUCUGCCCCAGCCCCGCGCCGCCCCCCAGCCCCGCGCUGCCGCUCCUGGGCGCCCCCGCGCCGCCCCCGCGGCCCUCCACGGCUGGCGCCAUGCCCCCGCUGCGGAGCCACAAGCCCACGGUCGCGUCUCUCAGCCCGUAUACCUGCCUGCCACCUCCUGAGGGGGCGCCCCAGCCUCUCAGCACCCACAGAUCACACCCUGAUUCUGCUGACCUGCUGUCUGCCCUGAGCCAGGAGGAACAAGAUCUCAUCGGGCCAGUGAUCGCCCUGGGGUAUCCCCUGCACAGGGCCAUCGGGGCUCUGCAGAAGACGGGGUGGCAAAGCCUGAGACAGGUUCUCAGCUACCUCAGCGCCUGUGACCGGCUGCUGCAGCAGGGCUAUGAGGAGGACCUGGUGGAGGAGGCCAUGGAGAUGUUCCAGUUCUCUGAGAGCCAGGCAGGGGAGUUCCUGCGCCUCUGGGAACAGUUCAGCGACAUGGGCUUCCAGCAGGACCGGAUCAAGGAGGUGCUGCUGGUCCACAGCAACCGCCGCGAGCAAGCCCUGGAGGAGCUGGUGGCCUGCGCCCAGUGA